CGCCAACACAACAUAACUGGACUCACUCAAAUAUUACACCUUACAAAACGUUUCGCAGUUCAUUCAACACAGAGAAUUGUGCACCAAACCCAUUAAACACAUUAAACCUAGAAUCAUAUUCUACAUUAAGAUGACAAUGAAGAGGAGUAGAGAAGAUGAACAAACAAUGGCUAACUGUCUCAUGCUUCUUUCACAGUUCGGCAAAUCCCAGUCUGACCUAAUUUCAGCCGGCCGUGUUUACGAAUGCAAGACAUGUAACCGACAGUUCCCAUCGUUCCAAGCGUUAGGCGGUCAUCGGGCCAGUCACAAGAAGCCUAAAUUAAUGGCGGGAGAUCUUCUACAACAAGUACCGGAGAAGCCAAAGACACAUGAGUGCUCAAUAUGUGGAGCUGAGUUUGCUUUAGGUCAAGCCCUUGGGGGACACAUGAGGCGGCACCGUGUAGCCAUGGAGGCUAAUUCUAGUACAGUCACUAGUAGUGAUGAUGAUCAUAAGGUUGGGAAGGUGGCGCCCAUUUUGAAGAAGAGCAAUAGUUGCAAAAGAGUUUGGGGUUUGGAUCUGAAUUUGAUGCCAUAUGAUAAUUAUUUGAAGUUGGGAUGGUAGAUAGUAUGACUUAGAUCAUCAUCUUGUUUUGUAUUUUUUAAUGUUCAUUUUUGGAUAGGAAAUGAUAUUCUUUCAUUUGUUUUA